AUGGUGAAAAAUCUACAAGGCUGGCGCCUGUCUACUGAAAAAAACCAUGUUGUUGUUAAAGGCUUCGUUGGUGCGACGACUUCUGAUAUGGAAGAUUAUGUGAAACCAGUUAUCCGCAAAGAGCCUCAAAAAUUAAUCUUACUCGUAGGUACUAACGUUCUUAAGAAAACAACUCCUAAUCGGGUAGCUGAGGGAAUUGCGAACAUUGCAACUCGAAUACAGGAAGAUUCUCCAGGAACUGAAAUAGUCCUAUCAAGUUUAUUACCUAGAUCGGACAAGCCAGAACUAUCAGCUAAAGUUAGCGAAACAAAUAAGAUAAUUACCGCUAUUUGCUGUAAGAGUAAGUGGAAAUUUAUUGACCAGAAACUGAUUAACGCUACUUGUCUCAACUCAAGAGGCCUACAUUUCAACCGCAAAGGGACAGCUUAA